GAAACCGCCGGUGCAAAUCGUGCGGGGGCUGCCGCCGGGGUGCAAAUCGUGCGGGGGCUGCAGAGCCCGCGCCGGUCGGGCAGCUGGCUAGCGUGCGGGACCGCGGGCUUCCACUGUGCCGCCCUCUGCGACGUGCACCUCCGUCCCCGGCCUCCCCGCCGGGGGAGGGGCGGGGGACCCCUCCGCUGGCGGCCGAGAGCGAGGCAGGACUCGCCGCCACGACUCCGUUCAGGCUGAGGUCGCCACAGCCGCGCCGCCGCACGCGGCGCCGCGGCGCGGGAAGGGAUGGAGUCGGGUGCGAGUGGUUCGAGCGCCUGAAGAGGCGCGCGUCCGCGCUAGAGGCCCGCGUUCGUGACAGCGCCCGGUGAGCCGGCCGCACUCGGAGGCGCGGACCGAGAAGAAAAUGAAAACACUAGCAGAAAGGAGGAGGAGUGCUCCAUCUCUUAUCCUGGAUAAAGCCCUGCAAAAGCGGCCCAGUACCAAAGAAAGUCCUUCUGCUAGCCUGGACACAUGUGCGUUUCUGUCAUCGUUUGUGUGCUCCAGUCGGACUCUGCUUAUCGAUGGCCGCGUCGAACUCAAAAGAGGCCUGCAGAGGCAGGAGCGGCAUCUUUUCCUGUUCAAUGAUCUGUUUGUUGUGGCCAAAAUCAAAUAUAACAAUAACUUUAAGAUAAAAAAUAAAAUAAAAUUAAGUGACAUGUGGACAGCAAGCUGUGUGGAUGAAGUGGGAGAAGGAAACACCAAUGCCAUGAAAUCCUUUGUCUUAGGCUGGCCCACAGUGAACUUCGUGGCCACUUUCAGUUCUCCAGAACAGAAGGACAAAUGGCUCUCUCUCCUUCAAAGAUACAUCAAUCUAGAGAAAGAAAAGGACUACCCGAAGAGCAUUCCCCUCAAAAUCUUCGCCAAGGACAUUGGGAAUUGUGCCUAUUCUAAAACUAUAACAGUAACGAAUUCAGAUACAGCAAAUGAAGUUAUCAACAUGUCACUACCAAUGCUAGGGAUAACUGGCUCUGAGAGAGAGUACCAGUUAUGGGUCAAUUCUGGCAAAGAAGAGGCACCAUACCCACUUAUUGGGCAUGAAUAUCCCUAUGGAAUUAAAAUGAGCCAUCUUCGAGACACUGCACUCCUGACACAAGGAUCAAAGGACUCCCCCACCCCUUCCAACUUCCAAGAGCCCUUCCUCAUGGAGCAGCUGCCCCGAGAGAUGCAGUGUCAGUUCAUCCUGAAGCCCAGCCGCCUGGCGGUGACCCAGCAGCUGAGUGAUUCAGGUCAGAAGACAUUUAAAAGGAGAAGAUCUAUCAUAAACUGGGCCUUUUGGCGGGGUUCUAGCAUUCACCUGGAUAACUUGCCCGUGUCACCAACAUCUCCUAUCCCAGGACAGCUCUUCGGGGUUUCUCUGCCAGAUAUUUGUGAGAAUGACAAUCUGCCCAAAGCUGUCUUGGAUAUGCUUUUCUUUCUUAAUCAGAAAGGACCUCUCACAAAAGGCAUCUUCAGACAGUCGGCCAAUGUGAAAUCCUGCAGAGAGCUGAAAGAAAAACUGAAUUCUGGAGCUGAAGUACAACUAGACUGUGAAUCUGUUUUCGUAAUAGCAUCUGUCUUAAAGGAUUUUCUACGAAAUAUUCCAGGAAGCAUUUUCUCAUCAGAUCUCUAUGAUCACUGGGUCUGUGUAAUGGAUCAAGGAAAUGAUGAAGAGAAAAUAAAUGCAGUUCAAAGGCUAUUAGACCAGCUUCCGAGAGCCAAUGUUCUUCUCCUAAGGUAUCUUUUUGGGUUAUUACACAACAUUGAGCAACAUUCUUCAUCCAAUCAGAUGACCGCAUUUAACUUAGCAGUGUGCAUCGCCCCAAGCAUCCUUUGGCCUCCUACUUCCUCCAGCCCAGAACUAGAAAACGAAUUUACAAAAAAGGUUUCUCUGCUUAUACAAUUUCUGAUUGAAAACUGCUGUCGGAUAUUUGGAGAAGAAAUCACUUCCCUCUUGGGAGAGGUUUCAGUGAGAUGUGAUACGAGAGAGAAUGCCUCAGAUCUCUCUUGCUUCCAGCUGAAUGACUCCUCCUAUGACAGCUUGGAAAAUGAGCUGAAUGAGGAUGUUGACGCCCCAUGUAGUGACUUGGUAAAGAAACUUGGUCAGGGUAGCAGAAGCAUGGACUCCGUGUUAACCCUCAGUGACUAUGACCUCGACCAGCCUGAGAUGGAAGGCCUUUUAACCCUGAGUGACUUUGACUUAGACCGUUCUAAAGAUGAAGAUAUUCAAAUGGGACAGCCCCUCGAAUCCAAGCCAGUGGACACUGCAGUGUACACCAAGGCCCCACGCGCCCAGGCCCCCUCUGGCGUGAGCACACCCAGCCGCCUGUCCACAGCUGCCGCAGAUGCCCCCAAGGGCCUGAGGCGACACCGCCGCUGCUCAGAGCCCAGCAUCGACUAUCUCGAUUCAAAGCUUUCCUAUCUCAGGGAGUUUUAUCAGAAAAAGCUACGCAAGUCCAGCUGUGAUGCCAUUCUCUCAAAAAAAGAUGAGAGCCAUCUGAAUCAGAAUCAACCCCUUCAGGAAGGGGGUAAGACAUGUUUUAAAAAGAGUUUGAUCACAGGCACUGAUAGCAAGAAAAAUGCCCCUAGUAAAAAUGUUAAGAAGAAAAGCUUGUCUGAUAAUGAGGGAAGUCAUGUAAAACAUUUUCCUAAAUCCAAGCCAGUAGCCAUUUCCGUGGCGUCUUACAGUCACAUGUCCUCCUGUGAUCAUCCCAGGAACCAGCCCUUUGACACGGAUACAUCCGAAUACUCCCCACCACACACUGCAGACGCCCUCAAGAGUUCAAGGAGGCAACGGCGCUGCUCGGAGCCCAGCAUUGAUGAUGGGCACUGCAGACUGACCUAUCUCAGGGGGAUUUACCCAAAGCAGCAGCAGAAAGCCGGCUAUGAAGCCAGUCUCUUGCAUGGAGAGGAAGAUUAUCUCAAGCGACACAAGUCUUUACAAAUGGAGGGGCAGAAGCUUAUUAAUCAGAGUUUGGUCAUGGGGAUUGAGGUGGGCAAGAGUAGUGCCGCAAACCAAAGCGCUGAGAAGGCUUUACCCCCACGCUUAAACCUCUGCUCAAGGACUAGCUACUCCAGCCUGUCCUCCCCAGGCACUUCCCCGUCUGGCUCCUCACUGAGUUCCCAAGACAGUGCUUUUUCUCAGAUUUCCGAGCACUCUGUGUUUACACCCACUGAAACGUCCUCUCCGAUAGACUGUACUUUUCAAAGAAAACAGGCAGAGCUUUCUUCUGACUUUAGCAGCUCUGGCCUCAUUUCUGGAAUUCCUGGUCCCUCAUCAGGGCAGGCCAGCAGCCGCCUGGCUUAUACAAAAAAGGACAGCGUAGAGUGGCAUUCACACAUGCAUUCUGUAACUCUUCACCCCAGCACAUGGUUGAAGAGUGGUGUGGCCAGUUUGAAAAACUGGUCUCUCAAAAAGAAGGCAAGGGCACCCAGACCAGAGGAAAAUAAAGCGGGUUCUCUGAAAGGGCCCACGGAUCCUCCUGCACAUGCUUCUGGCCUUCCGGAAGCCGUCACACUGCAAGAGAGGCAGAAAGAUGUGCCCCAAAGGGCAGCUGAAGAACUGGGAGCUGUACAGACGGCCCGCUGGUACAGUUCCUACCCCAGCCAGGACUCAGAGAAACACUGUAGCUCUCCGUUCAGCCUCAUGGAAGACAGACUUGGGCUUCGUAUGAAGUCGCCUGAGGAAGGAGAGGAUGGCGGGCAGUGCUCUCCUGGAACGCUGCCACAGAGAAGGUCCUCCCCCGGCUCUUUGACUGUGGAUGAUGCAUCCAGCCCAGACUCAGGGCCGCCCGUGGUGUGUGAUGCUGAGGACAGGCAUUUGGCCAAAGACAUUUAACCACCAUAAGAACCUGAUGUCUACAAAGACAGAAACAGGCUGAUAAUGAUACAACAAUUACUAUGACCCCUUUGUAUAAAAUACCUGGGUUGGGUAGCAUAAAGAUAAUCAUUGCUAAUACUUAGGACAACAAAAGAAUGCUCUUUCUUGAGACUAUUUGGCCAAAAGUUUAGACUAAAAAAUUCUGUGACCUCAGUGUUUGGGAGGCUUUUCUAUAUUAAAACAUGGAUGGAUCAUGUCAUGCAUUUUAAGAGCCAUGAGCAGACGGCUAGAGAAAGCAUCUUCUGUAGAGGAAACUUGCUGUGUAUGAUGAGAUUAGUUCCUGAGUAAGCCAGGAGAUCAGAAGCGGAGAACAGGAAGUGUGGAGAGAGAGGGAAGGCUACAGAGAAACCACUCACAUUCUGUGGAAUGUUUUUAAUGAGUAGGCCAAAAUAAUGCCACUAGUCAAAACUAAAGAGGUAACACAUCUGAUAAUAAAGAAAAUUAUGUGAAACUUUUCCCCAAAUCCAAACCAGUGGCCAUUUCCAUGACAUUUUAUAUUCAGUCACAUACCCUCACAGCAUCAUUUCAGGUAUCUGCCCAUUGGUGGCAACCAGAGAGGAAAAAACUGAAGUGAUUUGAAAGCCAUGAGUACCAUGAUAUUGUAGGUGGUUUUGUUUUUUGGUGUUUCCUUUGUAUUGGUUGAGUUUUUCCACCAGUGUUUCGUGCUCCACAGAGGCUCCACUGCACACUGCUGUGAGGAGAAAGAAGGAGAUGACUGCUUGCUUCCGUGUCCUUCCAAGGUGCCUGAGCUCGGAACGUUCUCCUGUCAUAAGACGGCCUUCCCCCGUAUUCACUGUCUUAGUGUGGAGGGAAAGGCUGCCAGAGCGGUCCUGUCUCUUACCCAGUUGCUGCUGCAAACAUGUGAUCAAACCAUGGCUCCUCUUUGCUGAAGUGUUUUUCUGUUCCUUACCUCUUAGUCAGCCAGAAAACAUUCCUGAUAAGUCAUCCCUUUACUGAUGGUCAUUUGCCAGUUGAGAGAACAGUUUUGAGGUUGGCGGGUUAUGAAGAGUCACAGAAUGGAGGAGCUCUCGGGCCUUCUUUUCGACAGUCUUUGGCUUCGGAUUAUCUUACCUCCAGAAGUUUUUGCAUAUUUUUUGUUCCGAUAGUUCACAGUGUAUACCCCCGUUGAUUUAUUUCAUAUUGACGGACAUUUCCCCUCUCUCUUGCCUUAAAGAUUACACCAGUACAUCUCCUGGGUUAUUUCCUGGGAUUAUUAGGCCUGGCCAGCCAGUGUGAUGUGAUAGAAUCAGAAAUGGAUGUGCUUCUUCCUUCAUUUUUAAAUACUUAUAAGAAGUUGCCUAGAGCCCAUUGAGUUCGAUAUCAGAUGGACCUUCCCCCCACAAUACUUGCUUCUAUCAAAUUAUUUUCCUCAGCCACCCAGAAGCUUUCAUGUCAAAUAUUUUCUCAAUGUUGUCCUAAAGGUUGCAUUUUUCACUUGUAUAAAAAAAUAAUGUUUUCUGUAAGAGAGAAGUCCUUUCAGUAUUAGCUACAGGUGCUACCUACCUCUAGGGGACAUGGCCCUAUUUGUCCUAAGCAUUGUAAUUAACUUUUAGAACUCUCUCAAAAGAGCUCCUUUAUGACACUGGCCAUCUCAGUCACAGAUGUGAAGUAGAUUUUACCUUUUAACUAACCACUCCUAUAUUUAGACUCCUAAGUGUCCAUAUACAUCUUUUGUGGUAUGAUAUAUAAAGGCAACAGGGAUUCCCCUCACCCUUAGAGCAUACUACUGCAGAACCGCAAGAUGUGAAUGAAGAUGUGAAAGCCACUCUUACGGCUUGGAGUGUCUUUCCAGAAGAAAUUGCUUCUCUGCUUAACAAAAUAAUAGUUGUAUCCUUUUUUUCUUUCAUAUUGGUGGUUAGGAAACCAUCUACUCAGUUUGAAGCAUAGAAGAUGCUGAGGUUCUUCCGUAACCAUUCCUGUCCUCUGUGUUCCCUUAGAUACUUCUGUAACAUUUAAUGUGAAUAAUUAAUAUUGCUGUAAAGUAUUAUAUUGUAUGAUUUGAAGACAGACUACAUGUCAUUUUAUUAUACUUCAUCAAUCUAUAAUAUAUUAGACCAAUGCUUUAUCUAAAAUGCUUUGAGUUUGUAUAAUAUAUCUUGACAAAUUUUACUACCAUAUGUUAUGUAAUAAAUGUGUAUUUUUGUACUUGCAGAAACUGCUGCUAACUUUUAAAGUUGUUUGGUUUUAAAGGCACUGAUUAUGGAUAUGUAUGAAGUCCAUGCUGUCUGUUAAAUAAAACAUCAUCCUUCAGAGUUAACAGUCCCACCAGGGCAAUAUUGCCAUUUGUAGAAUUGUUUUAGCUAAUGAGCCCAAUUUCUGCUUAACAUUGGAAAUUUCGUAAAAUGUAAUUAAUGUUGAUUGGAACUUUGAGCUUUUAGUCAUAGGUCGUGUGGUCAGUCUCUCUAGAAAAGGAGGGCUUUAUUUCUUUUAUAUUUUUCUGAUCUUACUGUUUACCAAACAGUUAUGUUUUAAACAUAAAGUCUUCAUUUUUCUUAGAUAUUACAUGUAUACUGUGCUCCUAGAAUCAGAUACAUAUUGUCUGUGUUCUCAUAGCAAAGAACCAUCAACUCAGUUCAAUUGUUGUAUGAGAUCUUCUUGUCUAAAUUUGUGCCCUUCUGACCAGAGUAUCUAAUUGAUUCCAGGCAUUUCCAAACAUCCCAGGAUGUCUAGAUCCAGACACUACAAGACAUCAGUACUUAUAAAGUCAUAUAAAGUCAAUAAAUAUUCUCAUUUCUCUCAUUUCCCAUGAGUAUCUUCGCCUCCUCAAAGUUCAUGGAACUUUAACCUUGAAAAAGGUUAAAAAUAUACACAUGACCUUAGUCCAGAAAAAAAAAUGAUUCAUUCUGAGCAGUAAAGACCUAAAAAGAAAUGCAAAGAUGAUUUUUGCUUCUAAAGAAGAAGUGUAAUCUACUAAAAACAUUGAGUUCAAUAACUUAUCUUAGUUUUGUGGUUUUUCAGCUUUUCAUGGAAUGGCAUUGAAUUGAAAGGAUCUAAUGUAUCCUUGAACCAGUGGCAUAUUUUGUCUGUUGAAACUAAAAAUAUUAUGUAUCUUAAGCCAAAUUAUGGUAGUGUUUAAUCUUUUUUACCUGGUCAUGUUUUAAUGACUUGAGAGAAGUAUCUGCAAGCUGUUUAUUUCAAUACAAAGAAAAAAAAUUAACAAUAAAGCUAGGUAAAAUGUUAACUUCUUUAAUAUCUGUUCUGGUUACAAGGAUGUCUCAUAAGGUAAGUUUCCUGCUGAAAGGAAGAGUACUCUUGAACUGUGUGCUUCCUACCCUAAAUGUGAGUCUACUCUGUUCCUAAGCCACCUGUAAAUAUAAAUCCUUCAUUUGUAUUGUUUGUUUGUUUUUAAAAGGGGGGGAGUGGAAUUUCAUAAACUUCAGUUCUACAUAGUAUUGGGUGUGUGAUAGAAUUGGCAAAAGGCUCUGGGGUGUAAUUUGGAAAAUUUUGUUUCCAAGUCCCAAAGAAAUAUGCACAGGGUGGUAGUAGAUGCAUACUGUUUCUUAAUUUGUACGGGUUGCUUUCUCAUUGUGCAUUGUCAGAGUACACAUGCAUUUGUAGAUCGAAGUGUUUUUCUACCUAUUUAAUUUGUUAAGGCAAAGUAAAUGUGUUUUCUGGAGUUUGACUUUAUGUGACAAUAGAAGAUGCAGAUUUGGGAGACAUUAAGAUUUAAAAGCUAGGUAUUUUUCUCUAGGUUUAAUUUUUAGAUUACAGUAACUUAAAGUUAAAUUUAGACCUUCUUAUAGCCUCUUGAUCUGCCAUGAGGAAUGAAUAAACUAGCUAAAAAC